GUGAUGACGUGUAUGCGCUCACGCGUCCCGGAAGUGAAGGUGUAGCUGGAAAGAGUUUGGAAACAAACUGGCGAUCAAAUGAGCUCAUGUCAAUCGGUUGACGGAAAGAUUGCAUUUUGACAGCUCGGUGAUUGACAGACAGUGUGAGGAAGAGGAGGAGGAUGAUGAUGAAUCUGUUCGGUUUGAUGGUUUUAAUACUGACGGUGUCGGAGAGCAGCGCGAGGAUCCACCAGCUCAAACUGAAGAAUGAGACGCGGUUUGUUGUCCAUUUAAACACCUUUGGUUAUUUUGCUAACGGCACUCUGGAUGUCCAGCUGCUGUCUCUAAACCUUUCCCAGGAGAACAGCGACUCUGGCGGCAAAGUGGGCUUUAGUUUGGCUCGGACUCGAGUGAACGGACUCCUGUCCUACACAGCUGAGGAGGUGGAGGAGUGCAGACUGACCAAGAGCAAGAGUGACGAUGAGCUCAUACUCUUCAUCAUCGACACCAAGCACCUGAGGGUGAACGUCAAACACUUCGGUGAUUCUGACAUCCGGCUAGAGUCCAGACUGAAGCCCCAGACCACAGGUGGAGAGAAAGCACGGAGGAGAAGAGCAGAUCCAGUCAGCAAAGAUCAGAAAGUAGAAACUGAAGAUGGCGAACAGAAGGAAACUGCAGAGGAAGAGGAGAUCAAAGUCACCGCUCCGCUCAGCGGCACCGCCAACAAGCAGGUGGAGAGUGUGAACGGGAAAAUACUGGAGCUGCAGCAGCAGCAGCACGAGGAGUCCUACAACUUCAGCUUCCGCCUCAUCAUGAGCUCGAGUUCGCAAGGCCUUUAUAACCUGAACUUCCACAACUGCUGGAACAUGAGGCCGGGGGUCCCCAGACCCUACUCUCUGCAAGUGAAGAUCACAGAGAUGAAUCCUGAAGGUUACCUGUCUGCCGCUGAGAUUCCUCUGCCUCGUCUCUACAUCUCCAUGGCAGGAAUCUUCUUCACGGCUGCGGUGGUGUGGACAUACACACUGUUGAAACAUAGGUACAGUGUGUUCAAGAUCCACUGGCUGAUGGCGGCUCUGGCUUACACUAAAGCUGUGUCUCUACUCUUUCACAGUAUCAACUAUCACUUCAUCAACUCUGAGGGUAGCCCGAUCGAAGGAUUGGCCGUCAUGUACUACAUCACACACCUGCUGAAAGGCGCUCUGCUGUUCAUCACUCUGGCUCUCAUCGGCACCGGCUUCGCCUUCGUUAAAUACAUCCUCUCAGACAAAGAGAAGAAGAUCUUCAUGAUCGUCAUCCCUCUGCAGGUUCUGGCGAAUGUGGCCUACAUCAUCAUCGAGGAGACGGAGGAAGGCUCCAGUGAGUACGCUCUGUGGAGGGAGAUCCUGUUCCUGGUGGACCUGAUCUGCUGUGGAGCCGUGCUGUUCCCCGUCGUCUGGUCCAUCCGGCAUCUGCAGGAGGCCUCCAACACUGACGGAAAAGCUGCCAUGAACCUGGAGAAGCUGAAGCUCUUCAGGCAGUAUUAUGUGAUGAUCGUGUGUUAUAUCUACUUUACGCGCAUCAUCGCUUUAGUGCUGAAGGUUAUGGUGCCGUUUCAGUGGCAGUGGUGUCAAGAGUUUUUAGUGGAGGUUUCUACUCUGAUUUUCUUUGUCUUGACGGGAUUCAAGUUCCGACCGGCGUCCAAUAAUCCAUACCUGCAGCUGCCUCAGGAUGAGGAGGACCUGGAGAUGGAUGAAGUUUUAACAGAGUCGGGAGCUUUGGAGGGAAUCCACAAGGUGAAGAAAACAUCUAACGGCAGUGGGAGACAGAGAGAGGUCGCACUGUGAGUGGCAUAUCUGGAGGGCGGAGCCUGGACUCUUCAGCCCCUCCCUUUCCCUUCCCCAGGUUGCUCCCAUGGCAACCACAGACUCACUAUGCAAGUGAAAAACAACGAAACGGAAGAAAACGUGUGUGAAUGAAGCACGCCGUAUACGACUUCCAUCUGGUUUUCCUGAACAGAUGAGCUGAACCUCUGUACGGACACUGGGACGGCGGUGACGCAGACUGAAUCUCUUUGGUUUUGGUUUACAGUAAUGAUGUUGUCACUCUGCUCUGUCCUUUAAUUCGUAUAUGCUCAUUUUCCUCUUUCAUUCCAAAGAUUUGCAAUCAUUAUAAUGAAAAACGGUUUGUUUGAUUUUAACCUUCUUUUAUUUCCUUGUGUCUUUAUUAUUUAACCGAUGUUGUUUGUAUAUUAUGUUUUUUUCUUCUGUUAAUUAUUUGAUUAGAUGACUGUAGAGAGGCGACUCUUCAACAGUAUCGUGAAGCUAGCGUAUAUAAGUUUAAAGCACACAGGGACAGAUAGGAGUUUGGUUUUCUUUUUAGCUAAACUGUCAUCAGUUAUGCUGAGGAAUUGGAGAGUUAUUAAUAAAACCAGUGUUUCAUUUGCUUCAAAUGGUUGGGAUAUAAUUAAUUAGGUUGAUUUUCUAAAGUUAUAUAUUUCUUCAAUGCGUGUUACUCCUACAUUAAAGGUCUGUGGCUGUUAAAUGUCCCUUCAGUCUUAUUAGUCAGGUCACACAACAAUGCUUUAUUUAUUUUAUUCUGAUGGCCCCAUCUAAGCUAUUUGUCCCUCAAUCUAAACAGACCUUAGAAAUAGUAAUAGAGUAAUAAAUGAAGCACAAACCACUGUUACGCCUCAUGUUUCAGCGACUGCGACGCGCUGUCAUACCCAACGGUCAGCACUAAGCGCGGGAAAUUAACGUUGACCAUUGACAUUAGCCUAUUGACACCAACUUAUAGCCAUUUUUGUUCCCUCAGUGCUUUUAAAAUGGCAAACGCUGCGAGGAAACUCUUCCUGCUUGAUUUAUGUUGCUGGUUUAUCCUGUCAGUUGUGUUUGAGUGUCAAAUAAAUCGAAUAACUUAAA